AUGGCGUUCUACAGCGCAGGUCCACUUUCGCCGGGCUACAACUCCACCUCGGCGUGGGGAGGCAACGAUAACGCAGAAGAGGAUCCAUGGGCCGCCCCUGGCAGCUCAUCUUCUGCGGCUCCUCCGACCACAUCUUCCGGAUUUGCGCCAUCGCCUCCUGGCGGUUUCGCUUCCUUCUCCACCCAACAACAACAACAACAGCAGCAGCAACAGCAGAGACAACAGGCUGGAUACUUUGGUGGCGCACCCGCGGCUGGUGCCAGUCUGGCGCAGGAAGCUGAUGCGUACCAGGACGGCUUGAUGGAAACGAGCUUUGGUGUAGGCUCUGGUGCAGGUCAAAAUCGGCUCGGAGGGGCUGCAGCGACGGUGAAUCCGCAAUCGCCUCACAACGCACACUCUUCCUCGAGCACAUACGGCUCAGCGAUCAGCUCGACACAUUCUCAACCCUCCACGCAAUCGCAGCAACCGCAGUCUCAUGCUUUGCCGAGCUCGGCAGCUCAAGCGCAAGCGGCUCGCGCCGGAGCCUUCCCAUCUGGCGUCAGCACCUCGCAAUACCAACCCACCUCACAAGGUGCACAAGGUGCAUCGAGAUUUCAAUCUCACACGCCGUCCACGUUGCUCCCCAGCGAGCCGGCCGGCUUCACCUCGCAUACCUCCUCUGACUACUCCGCCACUGCUCCGCGCCAACUCGCGCCAGGUUAUCCUCUGCCUGCAUCCAACUACACCGUUCCUGCCUACUCGCCCUUUGCUCGCGUCGAUUCGCUCUCCACCCCACGCCGCGAAACCGUGGAAGACAUGUACGGCGUCCCAGAAAACUUCCUCGAGGUCGAAGUUCGUAGUCCCCUCACUCACGGUGUUGGUCGCAAGAUGUACACCGACUAUGAGAUUGUCACGCGUACCAACAUCCCAGCCUUCAAGUUGAGGUACUCGUCCGUUAGGAGGAGGUACAGCGACUUUGAGUAUUUCAGAGACAUCCUCGAACGCGAAAGUACCAGAGUCAACAUCCCGCCCUUACCCGGAAAGGUGUUCACCAACAGGUUUACCGAUGAGGUCAUCGAGGCGAGGCGGGAGGGUCUCGAGAGAUUCCUCCAAGUCGUGGCGGGUCAUCCCCUGCUCCAAACGGGAAGCAAGGUCAUGGCGGCUUUCCUACAGGAUUCGGGUUGGAGCAAGGAUCAAUGGCUCUAA